GAAAAACAACUUUUUUCUAAGGCACUCAGGAAAAUCAAUUAGCCAGAAACUUGAUCGGCUAUGAAGGACUAUUUCGUUGGAUUUACGAGAAGACUCGUCGUGGCCGCCGGCCUUCCUUCUCCUCCGGCGCCAAUAUCCCAUGGCCUCCGCCUUUAUUGCUCUCCGGCAGCUACCGCCGCCUCUUCCCCUCCGGCAAACGACAAACUCUUCGUUGCCGGUUUGUCUUGGUCCGUGGACGAGAAGUCACUAAAGGACGCCUUUUCUGAGUUCGGCCAAGUGACUGAAGUGAGGAUAAUGUAUGACAAAGAUACAGGCAGAACAAGAGGUUUUGGAUUUGUAUAUUUCUCCAAAGAAGAGGAGGCUAGAAGUGCAAAAGAUGCCAUGGAUGGUAAGGCAUUUCUUGGUCGUCCUCUGAGGAUUAGCUUUGCACUUGAAAAGACCCGCAGUACACCUGCUGUAGUCCCUCGGCUUAGAAGCAGUAUAAGUUAUCCUAGGAGGGAUCAUUGAUAUUUAAGGUGAUUUUCAUGUGGUUAGACGUUUAGCAAAACCAUGAUUUGAACAUAAUAUUGUUGAUGUCUUAAUUUUGCCUUGUUCACCAUAGAUCUUGAAAACUGAUAUAGUGUUGUGAUUUCGUGAGUUUGUUUCCCAAUUUUUUCAGAAUCUGAAAAGCUCUUUCAAUCUCUAAAUGGACCCUUCAUUUUCUUAUAUGGAGUACUUGUUUUGGGG